AUGGAGACUGCGUUGGACCGGACAGAUGCAAAUGUCACCCAGGAUACACCGGAAAAACCUGUAACCAAGCACCAACUGGUUAAUGUAACGUUUUCUGACACCAUCAUCCUGCUGAGGAUGAGGCUCAACCUGCAGACACACGUUUCAAUCCUCCUGGUCAUCAACAGGGCCGGAGACCUGAACGAGUGCGGAGUGAAGCCGCGGCCCUGUAAGCAUCGCUGCAUGAACACGGCCGGCAGCUUCAAGUGUUUCUGCCUGGACGGAUUCGGCCUGCAGCCGGACGGCAGCUGCAGGAACGUGCGGACCUGUUUCCAUGCCAACUGCCAGUACGGCUGUGAGGUGAUGAAGGGCGAGGUGCGGUGCACCUUGUUCGGUUCUGGGCGGGUUGAACCCGGUUUGGUUUCUGUUUCCUCACCGCCGGUUCGCCUCUCCUCAGACGUCGAUGAGUGCGCGCUGGGCGCCGCCUGUCCGCGCCGCAGGAAGUGCGUCAACACGUUCGGGAGCUUCUUCUGUAAAUGCCACCUGGGCUUCAAGCUGACGUUCAUCGACGGGCGCUACGCCUGCAUCGAUAAAGACUCUCGGUCGUUCUGCUCCCUGAAUCCUUCCUCUCCAAAGUGUCGCUGUAAAGAUGGCAGCUGCAAAGGGAUUCUUAAAGUGACUUUAGAGCCACACAGACCCAGAACUACAAUUUCCAUCACCACCACAUCUGUUCCCACUACAACCACCGUUCCCACUACAACCACUGUUCCCACUACAACCACCGUUCCCACUACAACCACUGUUCCCACUACCACCACUGUUCCCAUUACAACCAUUGUUCCCACUACAACCACUGUUCCCACUACAACCAUUGUUCCCACUACAACCACACCCACCUCCAUCUCUGCUUCUACCACCGUCUCCUCCACCGCUUACCAAACUACCGCUGCCUUGACAACCCCUGUCAUAGCAACCACCUCAAUGGCUACCUCUACCGUUGCUAUGACAACUGGAUCCCCAAUCACAGGGCUUGUAACGACUGUCCCGACAGCUCCGCCCACCGUCCCGGAUACCGCCGCUACGACUGCUGCUGAGCCUACGGUUGCUAUAGCAACCACCACCAGCGCCGUGGUGACGACAACCCUGAACAACCGGAUCAACAAGGACGUGACGCAGCGGCAGAGAGGAGACGUUCACAUUCCUCGGCAGCCUGGACAAAACCACGUCUGGGAGUUUGACAUCGAGCUGGGAACCACGGCCCAGGACGCCCAGGACGACCCCGCGGCCGGUGAUCUCCGCUGCAGCUUCAGUCGUGGCGUGUGCAGCUGGAUCUCGGAGCGAGACGGCGAUCUGUCCUGGGAAGUUGUGGCGGCUCCUGCAGGUGGGCGGUACCUGUCGGUCCCGGAGCUGAAGGAGGGCCAGCGCAGCCUGCGAGGCGCCCGAUUGGCCGUCCAGAUUCUCCCUGUGUGGAACCAUGGCGACGCCUGCUUCUCCUUCUCCCAUUGGCUGACGGGGCGUCAGGUGGGAGUACUGCAGCUGUUCGUCCGCAAGAAAGGACGGGACCAAAGGUAUGGCUCCGCCCUCUGGAGCCGGACAGGUGGGCACGGGUGGAGACAGACGCUGGUUACCUUGGAGACGGAAUCAGUGGACAAAGUGCUGCUGAAGGCCGAGCGAAGGCCCGGACGACGAGGUCAGAUUGCGGUUGAUGAUGUCACGCUGAGACGAGGGGCGUGUCGAUGACAUCAUCACUGGGAUCUCACUUAAAGGGGCGGUCUGCUGUUUUCUAUCUGGUUAAAAACUUUUCCCUCUCUGGCUGCAGACCUCAAUGAUCAGAUCAGAUUUAUUUUAUUUGGUUUGGUCGUUUGUGUUACUUUUAAAAUCCCUCUGAGGUCACUGUGAGGUCACUGUGAGGUCACUGUGAGGUCACUGUGAGGUCAGCAGGAAGCUGUGGGGAGGAGCCGCCAGCGGUCGGUGAGGCCGGUCGUUUUCUUACUGCCUCAGGUGAUGAAGCCGUUUACAGGUGGAGGAAAACCUGAACAGACUCCGUCGAAUCGCUUCUUCCACCAUCACUGCUGUUUCCAUGGUGAUUUUAAGUCCCGCCCUGUUUUGGUUCUGGUUCCUGUUGGGAUGAAAUAUGAUGAGUUCUGUGACUGAGCUCCCAUUGAUACAUUUUAUUUAUUUAAACCACAUUUCCAAACAGCAGACCAGAUUUAUAAUCCACUGAUAAUCCCAGUAAAUUAAUAAAUACAGAUUAUUGAUUAU